UAUACCCUUUAACACGUCAGCGGCUUUUACUCGUUGGUCUGUCACAUCCUUCCACAAGGUCUGUCCUGCUCUUCUCUCACAGGGUGGGAAACGGAUAAACAGCCAAGAUGUCUGAAAAAAAGAUGUCGUCGAGUCGAAAGCAUCAUCUGAAGAGCUUGAUGCUUUCGAUUGCGAAGAGCCUGCUGGAUAAGGAGGUAAAAGAGAGAGAAGAAGAGAGAAUGAGGUACAUGACAGAAAACUGCCCCCCACUCUCAAUGCCUGGGUCUAUGCAGGAAUUACAGGAACUGUGCAGGGAACUCCACCAUAAGAUUGAUACGGUUGAUGAGCAAAGAUAUGACUUGGAAAGCAAAGUGGUGAAGUGUGACAAAGAGAUUGAGGAUUUGAAGAUUAAAGUCCAGGACCUGAAGGGCAAGUUCAAGAAACCGCCUCUGAGGAAAGUGCGUAUGUCUGCUGACGCCAUGCUGCAGGCUCUGCUGGGCUCCAAGCACAAGGUGAACUUGGAUCUGAGAGCCAACCUGAAACAAGUGAAGAAGGAGGUGAAAGAGGAGGAUAAGGACUUGCGUGACGUUGGCGACUGGCGUAAGAAUAUUGAGGACAAGGCCGGCAUGGACGGCAGGAAGAAGAUGUUUGAGUCUGAGGCUUAAGUGGACUAUCAUGGCUGGGUUGCUGUUCGCUUUUCCAGUAGGAGGUCAAAUCGCUGUGCUCUCCAUUUUGACUGUCUCUCUAAUGUCUUAAUUAUUAUCAUGGUCUUGCAUUUGCACAUGGUCAUUUUUGGGUAGAGUGUACAAUAUCUAGAUGGAGCAGGUAAUUCACGUGCGAAAGAGUGCCCUCUUUUUUUUGGCUUACAGAUUCCUCGCCUCUUGCCAUCACAGAGACCAGAGUCACAGCUGCAGCUUUAAACACCUCAGGGCUUUUGAAAAUCACUCAUUAAAAAUUAGUUUUCUAAGAAAUGUAUGUCUGCUUCAAACCCCCUUGUGGAAAUAAACCAUUUUAAGGAAA